UGAUUUCAUUGGUAAUUACUGAAUCGUGAAUAUUAUUCUUAUAAACGCUAUAAAAAGCGCUCUAUGGAGUCAAUUCCUUUACUAGGUGUUGGUCAUUUAAGAAGCAAUUUGUAUAUCUUGUGACAGAACUACCAAUAGCGUGAAGAUUUGAAGUCUACACAUUAGUAUUAAGAGGAUGAAGAAGCUAAUAUUAGUGUGUGUUUUACUCACACAUUUGGUGUUAGCGUUUUCCUACAAAUCAGAUGAUAAGAAAGUGUUGAGAGAAUUGGCGCAUGAUAUAGCUGGAGAGGAUCACGAAAAUUCUGAAAGUUACCAAGAGGAAAAAGAUCUUCCUGAGGAAAAUUCCGAUGAGAUAGAUGAUGCUUUUGAUGAUGUUAUCGAACAGGAUGAACAGAAGGGGAAGUUGAAAAACGAACCGUUGCCUUUCGGAAGGCGACGAAGACGUUGGAUUCGCAGACGACGUUCUUUCCGUAGAAGACGUUCGUUUCUUAGAAGACGUUCGUUUCUCAGAAGACGUUCGUUUCUCAGAAGGCGUUCGUUUCUUAGAAGACGUUCUUUUCUCAGAAGACGUUCGUUUCUCAGAAGACGUUCGUUUCUCAGAAGACGUUCGUUCCUCAGAAGGCGUUCGUUUCUCAGGAGACGAUUACUUCGCAGAAGAGGAAGCUGGUUGACAAGAAGGAGACGUUGCUCCCAUGCUUUAACAAGACGAAGAACGGCUAAUUGCUACACGAAAAGUAACGGAUGUGGUGGAAAGGGAUCUAAUGUGCCAAUUCCUUACAAGAGUACAUUUAGAGAGUCAUGUAAUAAACAUGAUAUUUGUUACUACUGCGGACAAACGCAAGGCUGGAGCAGACGUUCUUGCGACAGUAGGAUGUACAGCGACUUUAAAAAAGUAUGUAGCUGUAAAUAUAAAGGCUUUAAAGCGUUUGGAAAAAUACCUUGCAACACGGCAGCAUGGGGUAUGUACAGAGCUGUUAGAGCAUUUGGAAACAAAUACUAUCAAAAGCAAAGUCCAGCUUGGUGUAGAAAUCCAUGCGUUGUUGGAAGAGGAAGUCCAAAUCUUCCAUUGAAAUAACUUUUGUGUGUUGCAUUUUUGAUGUGGAAUAGUUUGUAGAAAGUUAAUAUGUUUGCAUUUUAUAACUUCUCAAAACGCACCAUUUUAUUUAACUUUUAUAACUUGAGGAUGAAGUUUCAGACUGGAAUAGAGGCAAUAUAUGUCUUGGCUAUUUAUUUUUCACUACACAUUUUAUUCAAGGCUUCAACAUGAUCUAAUGUGACCUUUAGUCCAUUUAGAGGAUUACAUAAUUUGCACGGCUAAUGUUUACAUUUUGCACGUGUUUUUUAAAGAAUUUCAAAUUCUGAUAAGUGAAGUUAAAAUUCUUUUUUCUGAUUGUUAACAGUAGACCUAUUGAUCUAAACUUCAAAUUCUUUUAAAGCUCAUUAUCAUUAAAUAAACAAAGUAAUGAGGCUAUUCAUCAAAUAGUUGAAGGAAUUUCGACCUUUAUUUACAACAUACCCCAAUCAAAGUCAUCGGAGCAAUUGUGAUCUUCGUUAUUAAGGUCAGAGUAAUCAAGACCUUCGAAGGAAGUCAUUGACUGAUAACUCUUUAAUUAUACAGCUAGAGCAAUACAAGUUAAAGCAAAUAUUGUUUUUCUGUUGUGCGGACGGUGUCAAACAUUAGUGAUUUUACGUAAACACAAUGACUUAAUACCACCAAGUUUCAAGACAAUUCUGAAUGGCGAAAUUGAAAAUAUAAUUCCUGAUAAUAGGCUAACAAUCGCGAUACAAAGCUCUCUCUUGCACGCAUACUUUGAUUAUCUAGUUUAAUUCACGAGAAAAAGUUACUAUCUUAUCGUCCUGAUAAUUUUAGCUUGAAGAUAAACAUAUUUACUGGUUUGCGUUAUUUUAAUGUUUUUUGUAAGUCAGUGAAGCAGUUGAGUUAACAGCAUGGUUA